AUGCCGUUAAUCCAUGAACAUGAAUCAUACAUUCCACAGAAUCGUCAAUCGCGUCUGCAACGCUCACGCGGAAGUCCACAUUAUAACCACGAAGUGCGUUCCAGUCACCUGUUUCAUCUGGACAGACGACACGAAGAAGCAGUGGAGCUACAUGUGACUACAUAUACAACGUCGGAUGCUAUUGGUGUGAGUGAAGCGAGAUCAUUUGGUGAUGGUAAAGACGGGAAUGAAAACGACUAUCUAACUGUUGCAAGUCCUAUAUUGGACAAUAAGUCGAUAGGAUACCUGUCUGAUGAAAUGGGUCACAAGUUAUUGACAAGUAAUGAUUGA